UCUAAAUUUGUGGUAGCCAAUGAGCGCCGCGGAACCGCGGAUUCCGCCCAGGGAGGCUCAAAGCUGAGCCGUGGGUGGAGCCAGCGAAGGGGGCGGAACUGAGCCGCAGGGCGUACCUACUGUGUGCCGCGUGCGCUGCCUGGAGCGGAGCUAUGAGCUGGACCUGUCCGCGUUGCCAACAACCUGUUUUCUUCGCUGAGAAGGUGAGCUCCCUGGGCAAGAACUGGCACCGCUUCUGCCUGAAAUGUGAGCGCUGCCACAGCGUCCUGUCCCCUGGCGGGCAUGCAGAGCACAACGGGAGGCCAUACUGCCACAAGCCAUGCUAUGGGGCUCUCUUUGGACCCAGGGGGGUGAACAUUGGUGGUGUAGGCUCCUACUUGUACAAUCCCCCCACUCCCAGCCCUGGCUGCACCACUCCUCUCAGCCCCAGCAGCUUCAGCCCUCCCAGGCCAAGGACUGGCCUCCCCCAAGGCAAGAAAAGCCCUCCCCGUAUGAAGACAUUCACUGGGGAGACUUCGCUGUGCCCUGGCUGUGGGGAGCCUGUCUAUUUUGAAUGGAAGCAUUACCACUUCUCUCCACCACCAGCUGAGAAGGUGAUGUCAUUAGGCAGAAAUUGGCACCGACCGUGUCUGAGGUGCCAGCGUUGCCACAAGACCCUGACUGCUGGGAGUCAUGCUGAGCUGCCUGCAGUCCUCACCAGAGGCUGAGGAUGCCUGGGGCACAAGGCAGAGUGACAGCUAGCAGAAGCCAUCGCCAGUCCCGUAUCAGGUACCCAACCAGUGCCAGCAGCAUCACGCCUCCUGUCCAGAAGGUGCUGCUCAGGACUCCGGCCACAGUGCGGUGCUCCACGUCCAGCCACUCCAACUCUGGGCCAGGACAGGAGACAGGAAGAUGGUUAGUGAGGACCAGAUGGGCUCAGCCUCACUCUGACAACUGCCUUCUUCCAGCCCUCUAGGUCCUGCCUGUUUCUUGCCUGCCUCACCCAGUGGCAUCACGAUGAUGGUAAAACCAGCCAGGGCUGAGCCAGUGAGGGUGCGGGUGAUGGCGAACAUUACAUAGCUGACGGAGGCUGCAGAUGCCAGGCCCAGCACCAGGGUACUCACGUAGGCUACCAGCAGCAGACGCCUCCGCCCAAACCUGCAAAGGGGUCAUGCAGGGUCAGUUCCCUGUGGAAGGAGCUUCUAAGGCAUAGGUAGACUAGGCUCAUACCCCAGCUAGUGGGAGAAAGUUCCCCCAGCCAGUUUCUUAUUGGCCCAGUGCCUCACCCCACCUGUCGGACAGAUAUCCAAAGGCCACAGCCCCCACCAGCACACCGGCGAAGAAGAAAGUGGAUGCAGCUCUGUUCAGACCUUUCUGCUCACACACCAGAUCCCACUGUAAGGACAGGCAGAAAGGGACCUCCUAUGAACAUCAGCCCCUCUCCAGCAGGCACCAGCUCCUCCUCUCCAGACCUGGAGCCUUCUGAGGUGAACUCUGCCAUUCUGGUACCUCCAUGCCAGAUAAUAAACCUCCCAACGAUUCACGCCAGCUUGGGGAAUAGGAAACUUUGUCCCUCCCCAGUCCUGCAGCCUCAGCUUCUUCCCAAGGAAGGCCUCGACCUGCUGCCUCCCAAGGAGACUGCCUCCACCGACAUUCCACCUCCAGAUGGAUUAUGUAAAUACCGACCUGGGACUGGAAAAGAGGAAGGGAGAAAAGAAGGCCUCUAUUGUUUCUCCACCUCUUGCUGCAGAAAUUGCCUUCUCAACUCUUUGUCUCAACUCCCUGAAGCCACUUUAGCCCUUCCCUGCCUUAAUCACCUCCCAAUUAAUGAUGAUGAUAACA